AUGGGGGGGGCAGGGGCGCUGGAGGAGCUAGCGGGGCCGGUGGAGGCGGCGGUGGAGGCGGCGGAGGGGGUGGGGGUGGCGGUGGGGGUGGUGGCGGGGGUGGAGGUGUCGGUGGCAGCAGUGGAGGCGGAGGCGGCGGCGGUGGCGGUGGGAGCGGAGGUGGCGGGGGUGGCGGCGGUGGAGGAGGCGGUGGUGGAGGAGGUGGAGCUGGUCGGGGUGGCGCUGCGCAGAGGGUAG